CAUUCCUGCAUCUCUUGCCAGCUAGCUAGCAUCCCGCGCCGUGCUUGAGUGAGCAGGGUGCGUUAGCCCCAGUAGGGUGUCCGCUGCAAUGCUACCCAACGCUGCCCUCUCUUUGCGUACGCAGAGCUGAGCUCCUCGACCGAAAUGGCGACACGUUUGAUACUUGGCACUUUGCUCGUCGCAGUGCAGAUAAUUAUCCCGCCGACCUUGCUUUCCUUCACAUAAAUAAAAGGUUGCUGCUCAAGAUACCCGUUAGAUCAUUUUCUUUGAGAUAAGCCAAAGCUGCCAUCAUGUCAGUUUUUGAUGAUGCCCUUGCGGGCAUCCUUGUUGGGCGCAGGCUUGACGAUUACAUGGCAAACAAUCCGAAUACGCUCGAUGAACAAGACCCUGGCUCAGGCCGGACGCUGCUGGCGAUAGCCGUCGUUGGAGGAUUCGUCGAAGAGGUCGAGCAGCUCCUCAAGAAAGGCGCCAAAGCAGAUGGUCUCUCCAGGAACGGCGAAACCCCCCUCCUCCUCGCCGCGUGGCAGACCACGAACGAGCGUCCUCGGAUCAUCCAGCUGCUCCUCGCGAAGACACCCUCCCGCUCCGUCGAUACCACCUGCCGCGAUGCCGAGAACAAGACGCCGCUGAUGCAUGCCAUCGAGAACAAGGAUAUCGACUCCAUCAGGAUGCUGCGAAGGGCCGGGGCUUCUCUGACGAUCAAGAAUGACGGCGGAUUCAAUGCGAAGGAAAUGGCCGAGGACAAAAAUGACAAGGCCGUCCUUCGUGCGCUCUACCCAGACAAGGAGCAGUCAGACCUCGCGAGGCUGGCUGCCGUGGUCGUUUCCUUCCUGCUCUACAUUGUUGCCUGGGUGAACGCCGCCCUCAACGGCAUCGUCCGCCGGGCAUCCGGGCUGAACCCCGAACUAGACCAACGCACCAACCAGGCUGUGAACGGCACAGAGCAGCCGACCAAGGCAGACGAGUUCGUGAAAAACGUUGACAAAUUUGUCAAGGACAACGCCGUACUGGAGCGCUUCUUCAAGGACAAGACGGACUUCAUACAAGAACUUGCCCGGAAGGCUGCGGACCUGGAGGAGGACCCGGAUACUGACCUCGGCGACAGCGACCUUUUGCCCAAGACGAUCAAAGUGUCCUUGCAUCAGCAAGUCAUCUACUGCGAUGACAGUACCUCAAUGAGGCGCGAAGGCCGUUGGGAUAGCCAGAAGAAACUCAUCCAGCGAAUCACUAAGAUCACCACCCGGAUCCUUCCCGAGGGUGAAGGCGUUGCCCUGCGCUUCAUCAACCGAGAGGUGGACAACUCCUCCAACCUGACCCUCGAGGGUAUAGGAAGCAUCAUGGAUCCCAUGCCGUGGCAGCCCGGCGGCAACACCGAGAUUGGCACGUACCUGAGAUCUAAAGUUCUCGAGCCGCUAGUCUACAGCAAGCUCGAAGCCAAGAAGCUCGAGAGGCCGGUACUCAUCUCUAUCAUCACCGACGGCAUGCCUGAGCCUGAAAACAAGUCCGAGCUUCUCAACGCCAUCUUGGAGUGUGGUAACAAGCUACAAGACGCUGACUACCCUCGCGAAAGUGUGAAGUUCAUGAUUGGCCAGAUCGGGACGGCAGUCAGUGCCACAAAAUUUUUGGAAUCCCUCGGAAGCAGCCCGGAUAUCGCUCCAGUGGCUUUCGUUACUUCGGAUAAACUUGAUGCAAAGCUCGCGGACUUCCAUGCAAACGAUCGGGAACUAGACCGAUGGUUAAUUGAGACCUUGUUCUCCCCCCUCAAGGAGGCUGAAACUUGAAAAAUCUCUCAGGCAUGGCUUGAUAUCUAUUACGUUUGCUGACUACCGGUGUACUAUGGCAUUGGCAUUGUGUAUCUCACUCUGGGCUGCAAGAUAGGAAGUUAAAGUGCGCAAGGGCCAUUAGGCUGCGGUGGACAGACGUAGAAAAGGGCUGGCACUUUCAUGGGUCAGUUGGGCUUUGUGGUAGCUGUCUUUACCAACUUGAGGAUGCGCUUGACAAGAUCUCAGCUCUGAUUCCAACAUCUUGACAGAACUAGGAGAGACAGCUAUACUCAAAUUCGGAUUUGCCAAUAUUUCGCCCGGAUUGCUUAAUGUGGAC